AUGGCUGGCAUCGGUGUAACAUUUUCACGAAGAUUUCUAACAUCUAUCUUCGGAUACCUGUUUUUAUUACACAUAGCAGAAUACAUACCGACUGCCUCGGCUGAAGGCCAUUGCGUGUGGUAUGGCACUUGCACGAAGUUUCCAAAGACGAAGAACUGCGCGUAUGAUGGACCAGCGAAGCCAAUCGACGAGGCAUCGAUGGUGAGUACGCCAAACUAA